AGGAGCGAUUCCUGUUCUAAAGUGGACACUGGCGGAGGAUCCAUUAGCCAUCAGAAUGGAAGUGAGGAGAGGAAACUGGCUGAAGCAGGAGCCGGAGUGAGGCCGACACACCCACAGCCCCGGCGUGCACCAUGAGUUUGUGUCUCCCUUCUGCACUCUGAGAGCCAAGGGCAGGUGAAGUUGCUGGAGAGCUAUGGCUCUUUUUACUCCAUGGAAGCUGUCCUCUCAGAAGCUGGGCUUUUUCCUCGUGACUUUUGGCUUUAUCUGGGGUAUGAUGCUCCUGCAUUUUACCAUCCAGCAGCGAACUCAGCCAGAAAGCAGCUCCAUGCUGCGAGAGCAGAUCCUCGACCUCAGCAAGAGGUACAUCAAGGCGCUGGCCGAAGAGAACAGGAAUGUGGUGGACGGACCAUAUGCUGGUGUCAUGACAGCUUAUGAUCUGAAGAAAACUCUUGCUGUGUUGUUGGAUAACAUCUUGCAACGCAUUGGCAAGUUGGAGUCGAAGGUGGACAAUCUGGUCAUCAAUGGCACAGGAACAAACGCAACCAACUCUACCACAGCUGUUCCCAGCUUGGUGGCACUUGAGAAAAUUAAUGUGGCAGAUAUCAUUAAUGGAGCUCAAGAAAAAUGUGUAUUGCCUCCUAUGGAUGGCUACCCCCACUGUGAGGGGAAAAUCAAGUGGAUGAAAGACAUGUGGCGUUCGGAUCCCUGCUACGCAGAAUAUGGAGUGGAUGGGUCCACCUGCUCCUUUUUUAUUUACCUCAGUGAGGUUGAAAAUUGGUGUCCUCAUUUACCUUGGAGAGCAAAAAAUCCCUAUGAAGAAGCUGAUCAUAAUUCAUUGGCAGAAAUCCGUACGGAUUUUAAUAUUCUCUACAGUAUGAUGAAAAAGCACGAGGAAUUCCGGUGGAUGAGACUUCGGAUACGGCGAAUGGCUGAUGCUUGGAUCCAGGCAGUCAAGUCUCUGGCAGAAAAGCAGAAUCUUGAAAAGAGAAAAAGGAAGAAAGUCCUCGUUCAUCUGGGACUCCUGACGAAGGAAUCCGGAUUUAAGAUUGCAGAGACAGCGUUCAGUGGUGGCCCUCUUGGUGAAUUAGUUCAGUGGAGUGAUUUAAUUACAUCUCUGUACUUACUGGGCCAUGACAUUCGGAUUUCAGCUUCACUGGCUGAGCUCAAGGAAAUAAUGAAGAAGGUUGUUGGAAACCGGUCAGGCUGCCCAACUGUAGGUGACAAAAUUGUUGAGCUAAUCUAUAUUGAUAUUGUAGGACUUGCUCAGUUCAAGAAAACGCUGGGACCAUCUUGGGUUCAUUACCAGUGCAUGCUCCGAGUCCUGGACUCCUUUGGCACUGAGCCUGAGUUUAACCAUGCGAACUAUGCCCAGUCGAAAGGCCAUAAAACCCCAUGGGGCAAGUGGAAUCUGAACCCACAGCAGUUUUAUACAAUGUUCCCUCAUACCCCAGACAACAGCUUUCUGGGGUUUGUGGUUGAGCAGCACCUGAACUCCAGUGACAUCCACCACAUCAAUGAGAUCAAAAGGCAGAACCAGUCUCUGGUGUAUGGCAAAGUGGAUAGCUUCUGGAAGAAUAAGAAGAUCUACUUGGACAUUAUUCACACAUACAUGGAAGUGCAUGCCACGGUAUAUGGCUCUGGCACAAAGUAUAUUCCUAGCUACGUGAAAAACCAUGGUAUCCUCAGUGGACGGGAUCUGCAGUUUCUUCUCCGAGAAACCAAGCUGUUCGUCGGACUUGGGUUUCCCUACGAGGGCCCGGCUCCCCUGGAGGCCAUCGCAAAUGGAUGUGCUUUCCUGAAUCCCAAGUUCAGUCCCCCCAAAAGCAGCAAAAAUACCGACUUUUUCAUUGGCAAGCCAACUCUGAGAGAGCUGACAUCCCAGCAUCCUUAUGCAGAAGUUUUCAUCGGCCGGCCACAUGUUUGGACUGUUGACCUUAACAAUCAGGAGGAAGUAGAAGAUGCAGUGAAAGCAAUUCUAAGUCAGAAGAUUGAGCCCUAUAUGCCAUAUGAAUUUACAUGUGAGGGAAUGCUACAGAGAAUCAAUGCUUUCAUUGAAAAACAGGACUUCUGCCAUGGGCAGGUGAUGUGGCCGCCCCUCAGCGCCUUGCAGGUGCAGCUGGCACAGCCCGGGCAGUCGUGCAAGCAGGUAUGCCAAGAGCACCAGCUCAUCUGCGAGCCCUCUUUCUUCCAGCACCUCAACAAGGACAAGGACAUGCUCAAGUACAAGGUGAACUGCCAGAGCUCUGAGCUGGCCAAGGACAUCCUGGUGCCGUCGUACGACCCCAAGAACAAGCACUGUGUGUUUCAGGGAGACCUCCUGCUGUUCAGCUGUGCGGGUGCCCACCCCACGCACCAGAGGAUCUGCCCGUGCAGGGACUUCCUCAAGGGCCAGGUGGCCCUGUGCAAGGACUGUCUAUAGCGGCACCCGCUCGGCCGCCCACACUCCGCCCAGGACA